GUAAACUGCCACUAGGCUGAAGAAAAUGGAAUGGCGGAUAGGCCUGUUUGGGGCUGAAGGGAACAUGGAGCUUCUCUGGGGCCAGUUGACCCAUGCCCUGGCCUGCAGACACUGUGGCAGCAACUGCCUCCAGAGCCCAGGGAAUCUGGUGACACUAUUCUUGUUCAUAGUUUGGCAGAUUCGGAAAUGGUGGCAGCUUGGGAGGUGGCGUCAGCUUCAACCAUGGUACUCUGGGGACAUGAUGCAAGGCAAGAGCCUACCACAUCUGUACCGUGUGCCUUUUCUUGAUCACCUGUGGAGGCAGAAGUCAGAGGAGGAAGAAGAAGAGGAGGAAGAAGAGGAGGCAUCUGUGGAUCCACUGAAACCAUGUUCUCUUCCCAAAGAAGCUCCCAUUGGAGGGCAUGCCACCCCAGCCCCAUCUCAACCAUCCUGUAGUUCUGAGGGCCUCCACAAAGCCAGAGAGACACCAAAGCAAGUACAUACACAGACCCCAAGCCCUUCCAGAACCUUCCCCACAUUUCAGGUCCUGACCAACUUGCCUGUGAGGCACAAAACAACAGGAAGCUGUCUAUAUCAGAGAAAAAGCCAGCUCUUCUGGGGUCUCCCCUCUCUGCACAGUGAGUCCUUGGAGGCCAUCUUCCUGAGCUCAGGUGGCCCCUCUCCCCUGAAGUUGUCUGUUGGUCCUUCUAUUUUCUUCAACCAGCUUGCCUUCCUGCCUUGGUCCAAUCUGCUGCCUCCCCAGUAUUGCUCCCCAACUCGGCCUCCUACUCAUGAAAUCCAUACUAGAGAAGAUCUGGAAGGGAUGGCCCUCGAUCCUCAGGAACUUACUCCUCCAUCAUCCCCUUCUGUCCCAUCACUACCCCUCCAUCUUAAGUCCUUUCCCAUGGAUCACAAGGGAGUCCUAUCUGGUGCUAAGGCAUAUCUACAGUGGCUUAUGCAGCAGAGUAAAGUCCCUUGGGUCUCUGAGGAUCAACCCCUGCACCUACAGCCUAAACUCCAAAGAACCAGAUCCUCCAAGCUCUCCCCCUUAUCUGAGGUCUGGUGGAGUGUGCCACGGGAUCCCAGCCUCCAACAACACAUUCAAGAUUCAGUCUCUGCCUCCCUGCUGUAUCCUUCUGGCUUUCUGACAGUCCUGACAAGGUGUGAGUCCCCAUGGAGGACUAUGGGGCAAAAUGAGGCCCCCAAAGCCUGUGUGCCAGCAAUGCCAGCUCCCAGCCCAACUUCAGCCUCCCUGCCAGAACUCCAAGAUGAUAGCCCUAUAGAAGGCCUGUCUGAAUCUCAGGCCCUCUGGGAAACCACAAGGCAAAGAGAGUAUCCUCAGAUCUCUGAGUCUUCAAUCCUGGACCCUUGCCAAUCUGUAGACCCCAUGACAGAGCCUCAAGGAUCUAGCCACUUGGGAGUUCCACCUGGUUAUAAGACUCAGUGGAGAACCAUAGAGCAUAAAGAGAGUCCUCAAGACUUUGAGCCUCCAGUGCUAGCUCCCUACCAACCCCCAGAUUCUCUGUCAGAAUUCCAGAAAGUCAUCCCUGAAGGAGGACUUUCUGCACCUAAGGACUUCUGGGGAAGCAUGAGUCACAGAGACAGCCUUCAGACCUCUAGGUCUCCAACGCCAUGCCCCUGCCCUCCCCUAGAUCCUCUGCCAGAACUCCAGGGAGGCAGUUCUCUAGGAGAUCCAUCCGGAUAUAAACUCCUACAGGGACAGAGUGAAAAUUCAAGACACUCUUGGGCCUUUAAGUCUCCAGUCUUCGACCUCAACCCGGAGCUCUAUGGAACUAGCCCUACAUGUGUCCUACCAAAAUCUCAGACUCCAUGGAAGGGCAGACAGAGUACAGAAAAUCUUUGGGUCUCUACAAACUCAGUUUCUUCUCCCAAUCUUCCCUCAUCCUCUCCAAGUCCCCAAGGAGUCUUGUCUGAAUCCAAAGCUAUGUGGGAGAUCAAGGAACAGAGAGAGAACCUCUGGACCUCUGAGUCCCCAACCCCUACCCACAGCCUAUCUCUACCUCUCAUUCUAGAACUCCACAGAAUCAGUUCUAGGGGAGACCUCACUAGAUCAGAAGCUGCAUGGAAAGGCAUUGAACAUUCUAGGAAUUCCUGGGCUUCUGAUCCCCCAUCUUUGACCCUCAGCUCACCUCCAGCUCUUACAAUGGAACCCCUUGGAGGUAGCCCCAUGGAGAUCCUGUUUGGUUCUGAGGCUACAUGUGGGGACACAAAAAGAAGAAAGAACUCCUGGGCCUCUGAGCUCCCAGCUCCCAGCUUACCUCAAGACCCAUGUGGAAUCAGAUCCUUGGGAGCCAGGUCUGACUCUGAGCCUAUUGUGGGGGAUAAGGAGCAGAAAGAAAUCUGUUGUGUUCCUUUGUCCCCACUGUGGGGUCCCGGCCCACCUCCAAAUUCAAUAUCAAAGUCUCCCGUAAGUGAGCUUACUGGAGAUCAAUGUACCUGUAAGCCUAAUGGGGAAGCAGUGGAGCAGAAAGACAACUGCUGGGCCACUGAGCUCCCAGCCCCAACUGCCAAAUCAGUCUCUGCUCCCUCACCAGACCCACAUAUUGACCUUGAGUUUGUGUGGAGGAAUGUGCAACCAAGAGGGAUCCCCCAGGGCUCCAUCCCUCCAGCAGUGGAUUCCCUACAGCCAAUACCCUCGCCUUCCUCCUUAGCUAAUGCUCUGAAAAUUGAGCCCAACCAGCCUGGCCUAUCCAAGAAAGAGUUCUUCCCAGGGGCUAAAGUAGAGACUCCAUCCUCCCAAGGAGACGCUGUCCCAGAGAUGCCCACCCAUGCUGGUAUCCAGGCCUGGCACUGGAGUAAAGAAUUGGAACUCAAACUGAAAAAACUACAGCAAAGCCCUGCUUCCAGAUCCCCUGACCCAAGUCAUUUAUGUGGCAGCUCCCCUGCCCUGAGCUCCACAACACCAGCUAUCUGGAGACUCUCUUCCUGCCCCCCACAGCAGAUUCAUCCCUCUUCAAACUGUCAUCCCCCAAAAGUUCAGAGCACAGUAACUCAGCCUAUCCAGGACUCCCACUGUUCUCACUUCCACUCUUCAUCCCAGCCUCAGCCACAAAGGUCUAGUGGGGCAGAACAAGGGUCUCAGAGAGUGGAAAGAACAAAGGUGAAGAUGGUGACCCAGAUCUUAUCACAAGAGCCAUGUGUUCGCAUGGAGGCUGGUGAGAAUAGCCCAGGCCUGGGCAAGCCCUCAAACCUUGAGGUCCCAGCCUCAGGCAAAAAACACAAGGCUUCAGCCCCAUCUUCAGCGAAGAAGAGAGAGAGCCCGAGGAUACCCAAAGCAGGAGACCACAGAGGAGGGGAUGUAAGAUUGGAGUCAUUCACGGUUACAGGGAAGAGCCACCCAGCCCAGGUUGGAAGAAUAAUGGGAGCCUCUUUAAGCAGACUUUCCCAAAGAUCUCAGCACAAGGACCAGAACGCGCAACGCUCUGCUUUCCCUCAGCAGCUUCACUCUAAGGCAGCAGGUCCCCAAAUUCAUCGAGGGGCAGGGCUGAGGGCUGGUGACUUCCUGACCCCUCAACACCUUAAGCACCGCCCCUGGGCCCACAUGGAAAAGCAUCUCUCCUCUCCCACACUUCAGGUUCCCUUUACCAGGGGUCUCCAAAGAAUGGUAGCCAAGUUUCUGGGUACCCAGGGCCCCUGCCCACCAAACCCAAUAAGCAAAGGAAAGGCUGAUAGCACUGGCACCCUCCGAUACCCUGAAACCUUAAGCCAAACCAGUUGUGGGGUAGGGAGAAAAAGAGAGGAAAUCCUAAUAAACUUGCUGAACUAGAUAAA